UCCCCGAUUCCUCCCACCCUUCACGACGCCAUGGCCGCCGCCGCCGCCGAUACCUCCUCCGCCGACACCCGCCGCUACGUCGUCGGCUACGCGCUCGCGCCCAAGAAGCAGAAUAGCUUCAUCCAGUCCUCGCUCCUCUCCCGCGCCGCCGCCCGCGGGAUGGACCUCGUCCCCGUCGACGAGGCGCGGCCCCUCGCGGACCAGGGCCCCUUCGACCUCGUCAUCCACAAGCUCUACGGCCACGACUGGCGCGCCCAGCUCCAGGCCUUCUCCGCCCGCUACCCGUCCGUCCCCGUCGUCGACCCGCCGCACGCCAUCGACCGCCUCCACAACCGCAUCUCCAUGCUCCAGGUCGUCUCCGAGCUCGACGUCCCGCCCAGCGACGCCGCCGACCACCACCGCCACACCUUCGGCAUCCCCAGCCAGGUCGUCGUCUACGACGCGGCCGCGCUCACCGACUCGGGCCUCCUCGCCGCGCUCCGCUUCCCGCUCAUCGCCAAGCCCCUCGUCGCCGACGGCAGCGCCAAGUCGCACAAGAUGUCCCUCGUCUACCACGGCGAGGGCCUCCGCAAGCUCCGCCCGCCGCUCGUCCUGCAGGAGUUCGUCAACCACGGCGGCGUCAUCUUCAAGGUCUACGUCGUCGGCGGCCACGUCACCUGCGUCAAGCGCCGCAGCCUGCCGGACGUCUCCAAGGAGAUCCUCGAGGACACCGCCGCGGAGGGCACCGUCUCCUUCUCGCAGGUGUCCAACCUCCCCACGGCGCGCAACGCCGAGGAGUACUACGAGGACCUGCGGCUCGAGGACGCCGUCAUGCCGCCCACUGAUUUCGUGAACGAGAUCGCUGGCGGGCUCCGCCGCGCGCUGGGGCUGCAGCUCUUCAACUUCGACAUGAUCAGGGAUGUCCGCGCUGGGGACCGCUACCUCGUCAUUGACAUCAACUACUUCCCCGGCUACGCCAAGAUGCCAGGCUACGAGAUUGCCCUCACAGAUUUCUUCUGGGACAUGGUUCACAAGGACGAUGAUGUGGCCCUCAAGGAGGAGGAGGAGAGCAAGCCCACUGUCGUGAAAUGAGAUGAUGGAUUCAGGAUGCCAUGGUCGCAGACUUGCAAUUCUUGGAUGUCUGGGUAAUGCGAGGGUGACAUUGCAAGACUUGAGAGGAAUAAUGAGCAACAAUUUAGGAUGGGGAGCUACGUUUAUUAACAGGUCAUGGAUUUACUUGGGUUUCAACCUGCGGCGCUGCGCGGAGGCCCUGCGGUGUAAAUCCCUUCUCCUGGCUCCUUUCAUACUGGUUCUUUAGGUAUCUUUCUCUUCUUCCUAGUUUGCUUCACCCAGUUUAGUCAGAACAAAAGUAGGGGACUAAAAACCAGCUUCUGAAGAAAAUUUGUUCUAGAUGUGCAAAUCUUUUCUUCUUGAUACUGGAUGAAUGCAAAAUGGCAAGCCAAUCUUAGUGGUACUGCAGUGAUGAAUAUGUUUUCGAUUGGUACUGCAGUGAUGGAUAUGUUUUCAAUUGGUACUGGAGCUCUGAAACUUUAUCACCUGUUUGAAUGAAAGAGAUGUUACAAUUGUU